GACGUAGAACGCGAUGUUACAGAGGAAGACGUGCACGAGUUGAAAUAUCUUCAUCAGUGCAUCUGUGAAACUGGCCGCAUCACACCAAAUGUGGUACUUCUGGGUCGGAAGUUGACGCAUGAUGUUGCAAUUUGUGGUUAUACGGUACCCGCGGGCGUCACUUGUGCGAUAUCGCCAUUCGCUGUCAUGCGUGAUCCAGAGCAUUAUGAUGAUCCGGAAGUGUAUGAUCCUGAGCAUUUUGCUCCAGAAAAAGUGACGAAACGUGACCCGUUCGCGUUUAUCCCAUUCUCAGCCGGAAUCCGAAAUUGCAUAGGUGAGCUUCUUUUAUUUUAAGU